AAGUUCAGAGCUGAAGCUGUGCAGUUAGUCAGUGUGUGUGUGUGUGUGUGUGUGUCACUGUGGUAGCACUGCACUGAUUUAUUUACACAGCGUUCCUAAAAUACACACCGGUUAGACGCUUCAAAUCUUUUUGGUUGAAGUGAUAACCCUGCACACAGACUCCGAGACUCAGAUGGUGGGUAAAAAGGUAGCCAGAGAGACGCUGUUGCCCUCGGUUCAUGAGGAUGACGGUGAUGAAGGUCACGAGGAGGAGACGUUAGGAGGGAUCAGGAGCAGGCCACCCAGCCGACCUCGCAACAUCUACAGCCGAGGCAGCGUGGACAGCCAGACAGUCGUCCGGGCAAGUGGCUGCCGCCAGAGAGAGCUGAGUGCAGGGGAGAAAUCCGAAGAUGAUGAUGGCGCUGAUGAGGAGGAGGAGGAGGAGGAGGAAUGCGAUCGGAGCAGUGAAGCGGUUGACGGACAGGAGGGAGCUGGAGCGUGUUUCACUGUGGAUGAAGACUAUGACACGGAGCUGGAGCCUGAAGAUAAGCCAGGGAGGUAUGACCUCACAGGCGAGGCGCGUUACCGAGAGGCGUGUGAGAUGUUCAACGUGGUUCCAGUGUCCUACUUCCUCAGGAACAUACAGAGCACAGAAGUGAGCAUGAUGCACCACGGACUCGGCCCUCAGGGUAGCAAAGCCCUGGCAGUUCCCUUGGUAACCAACACCUCCAUUCUGAAGCUGAAUCUGCGAGAUAAUGGAAUGGAGGGAGAAGGUGGAGCCGCCAUAGCUGACAUGCUGAAGGAGAACCUUUACAUCACAGAAAUAGAUCUUUCAGAGAACAGACUCGGUGAGUGUGGGAUAAAGGCUCUGGCCAGCAUGCUGCUAGAGAACACCUCCCUCAUCUCCCUUAACCUUUCUGGGAACCAUCUGGACGAGCGAGCGGCUAAACACCUGGCUCCGGCGCUGACCAAAAACCAGCACCUGCAACAUCUGGACCUGAGCCACAACCGGCUGGGAGAAGCAGCAGGGGAACUUCUGGGCGCUGCUGUAGCUGAGAACACGGGAAUGAAGUCACUCAGUCUGUCCUGGAACUGCAUUCGUGGAAAAGGAGCCAUCGCUUUAGCUAAAGGCCUUUCGGCUAACAUAUUCUUGCAAACUGUGGACUUAUCUUACAACGGACUGGGCAAGGAGGGAGCAUCGGUUCUCGGUGAGGGGCUUAAAGACAACAACACGCUGGAGGAACUGAAUAUCAGUAUCAACCGCAUACCUCCUGAAGGAGCAGUCCACUUAGCUGUGGGUCUCAAAGCAAACAACAACCUUCGGAUUCUUAAAAUGGCUCGGAAUCCAGUUCGGUCGGCCGGAUGUUUUGCGGUGCUUAAAGCCGUAGAAGGAAACCCUUCAUCUUCAAUGGAGUACCUGGACUUUUCUGACAUUAGCGUGGACCAAGAGUUUGAAGACUUGUUCAACUCGAUCAAAGAAACUCUACCAAACUUCCAAGUGAAACACGGUGGCAAAAUAAGACCUUUCCAAAAUCUACAGAGCUGACCUCUGCCAGAGCAGUCGAUUCUAAUCUGUCACUUGCUGUACACCUGUGUCUCCCGAAUGUAUUAAAAACCGCAAAGAAUACACAAAGAAACAGAGCAGCAUGGACGUCUAUUCUCAAUUAUGUAACUGACUGAAGGGUUAGUGAGAGCGGCACCUGCUGUGUGUAAUACGAACAGCUGUUAUACACAGCGAUGUUCCCACGCAUGACCGAGCUCUCGUGCUGAUGGCGUUUAUAACCUCAGAUAGACUUCCAACACAUCCACAUAUUCAGCUGUUUUUCUCCUCUUCAGCGUUGGGUGGCAUUGAGCAAGGAAUAAAAUCGUUUAGUUGCUUACAAAAAGCAGGAAAACGUUUAAAAACGCUGAAAAAGAUUCCCUGUAGUGUUCAACUGUGAGCCAAGCAUAAUCCAAGAUGUUGAUUGGCAACAAGUGUAAAUUGAAGGAUAGAAAAAAAUACCCUGGAAAAUAUACAGCGAUGAACGGACAGCUCUGGUGUUUAUUGCCAAAAAGCUCUAUUUUGGUUUCAUCUGACCAUAGAACCCGAUCCCAUUUGAAGUUCCCGUAGUGUCUGGCGAACUGGAGACGCUCGAGUUUGUUUUUGGAUGAGAGUAGAGGCUCUUUUUCUUGAAACUCUUCCAGACAACUUGUGGUGAUGUAGGUGACUUCGGAUUGUAGUUUUGGAGACGUUCUGACCCCAAGACGCAACUAACUUCUGCAGUUCUCCAGCUGUGAUCCUUGGAGAUUUUUUGUCCACUCGAACCGUCCUCUUCACAGUGCGUUGAGACGAUAUAGACACACGUCCAAUUCCAGGUCGAUUCAUAACAUUUAUAGUUGACUGGAACUUCUUAAUUAUUGCCCUGAUGGUGGAAACGGACAUUUUCAAUGCUUGUGCUCAACAACCUUUUACCGCACAUCACAGCUAUAUUCCUUGGUCUUACCCAUUGUUAUGAAUGACUAAGGGAAUUUGGCCUAUGUGUUACCUCACAUUUAUACCCCUGUGAAACAGGAAGUCAUGGUUGAACAAUUUCCUGUUCCCAGUCACCCAGGUGUACUAAAAAGUUUUUAAAUAUCAGUGGGAAUUUACUUCAAAUAUACUUUUCUCUUAUGAAUUCAUACGGGUACCAAUAACUGUUGCACACCUGUAUUUAACAAAGAUAUAUAUAUAUAUAUAUAUAUAUAUAUAUAUAUAUAUAUAUAUAUAUAUAUAUAUAAACCUGUGUUGUGUUUGAUAUCCAUGAGAGCAGAGUAAUUUUGAACAAAAUGUUGAACAAAAGCUCAAAAGGUUAAACAAUAAAGACGAUUUUUCACAGCCUUCUUUGCUCAUAUUCACCGACGGUGCCAGUGUUAGGGGAGGGCGCUGUAUAUAAAAGCACUGGGUUCAAAGUAAGCAAAGUGUGUUACGUCACAGGAUU